AUGUCGUCAAUGUUGCUUGGACCCCUCAAUGAGAUGGAGACACUAGCUCAGACGUUGUUUCUAUCACUAACACCGGGUCAAGUGAAACCGCCUGCGCCCAGAGUAGAUGCAUUCCUUGCUUGCGACCAGGCACUUGCUGCCGCUGUGAAUCUCUCAUACAAACAUCAGAUCAAACAAAGAAAGAUAGAACGUCUGAAAGCUGAGAUAUUGGAAUUGGAUUCCCGAUGGAGGCAGAUCUGCAUCGAGCUGGAGAUGGAGAAGAGGGAAUUAGAUGGAAUGAUCGAGGAGGCAGACGAGAGGCUUGAGAGUAUAGAACAAGCAAAGAAAGCAUCUAUACCGUACCCUGAACUAUUGGCUUAUGCCCAAAGUUUGAGCGCAUUUACUUCCGCUCCCCCCAACAUGCCAGAUCUCAGCUUGCCCGGCCAACCACCGCCUCCAAUGUUCUUCCCUCCGUUCCCUAACGAGGAAAAAAUGCGUCGUGGGCAUCUCAAUGCAGAGGCUCCUCUUGGUCAACUAGGUGAAACUCACUCAGUUGGACAAGCACCAGUAGCUUCCCCUACUCAAAAUCUGGAGCCUGGUAUCAAUCCAUAUCGACAUGAUUUACGCGGCGGUCCUUCUCAGUUCUUUGACCUUGACCUUGACCUUAAUCCUGACUUAUGA